AUGCUCGCAAAAGCAGCCCUCCCCACUCUCUUCUUCACCCUCGCAGCCUUCAUCCUCCUCCUCCUCGUCACCCUCUCCGUCCCCAUCAUCAAGAGCAUAUACCUCCUCCGCAUCAACGGGAGCAUCAGUCUCGGCCUCGCAAGUGGGCAAGCCUCUGUCGAUGCCGGUGUACUGGGUCUCUGUUACACUGGCGCUGAUGCUAGCAUCCUGGGUGUGAGCGUACACGAUGAUGGCAGCUGCAACAGUCCAGAGCUUGGCUAUUCUGUCUUUGACAAUCCCAUUAUCGCCAUUAUCAUUGACAGCAACUCGGACUUGUCCCACACCACCCUCAAGAACCUCACCAAAGCGCUGGUACUCAACCCGAUAGCAUGUGGCCUGGCGGGAUUGGCGCUGUUCACAGCACUGUUUGCUUGGCUCUGUGCAAGCAGGGUAUUAGAGAUCAUAACCUUUUUCACCGUCUGUCUCGCCUCUCUCAUCGCAUGGGUCGCCUUUGCCCUCGACCUCGCCAUCCCCCUCGUCGCCCGGCACAGAAUCAACGACGAUGACGACUCCCUCCUCUCCGCCUCUCUCGGGAACGCCAUGUGGCUCGUGCUCGUCGGCGCUAUAUUGUUGACUCUGUCUAUCUGUUUGGCGGGAUGUGGUGUGUUUGGGAGGUACAGCUCGAGGAGGAGGAACGCAGAUGCGGAGUAUGUGGAGAAGCCUGGGUACCAGCCCAAGCGUCGAUUGUGA